AUGGCACCCGAAGCUGGGCUGUCGCGAGCAACAUUUGCAAAGCUCUCCCCUCACCCAUACCUGUUGGCAAACCUCGAUCCCUCCGACGAUGCGGCACCAGCGAGAAGCAAUGGACGCAUCCCGAGCGAAGUCCGGACCCCGACCGUAAAUUUAUCGAGCUUGUCACAUGCACACGGAAGCGCCGUGGUGCGUAUGGGUGAUACCACUGUCAUCUGUGGUGUGCGCGGCGAGACGAUCCUCACAUCCAACAUUCCCAGCUUCCGGGAGUCAAAUACCGAGACAGAGCUUUCGGAUUACGACCUCCUCGUCCCUAAUAUCGAAUUGGCAACUGGAUCUGCGCCUCAGUUUCUGCCUGGCGGCCCUCCAACAACGCUUGCUCAAACCCUGAGCACGAGGAUUUUUUCUUUACUGCACAGCUCGAAACUCGUUCAACCCGACGAUCUACGAAUAUGGCAUACGCGGUCAGAGGAAAGCUACGGCGAAGAAGACGAGAAAAUGGAUGACGAGAAUGAGGAUAAUGAUGAAGACGACGCGGCAAGCAGCAAGAAACAAGUCGUGGCCUAUUGGGUACUCUACAUUGAUAUAUUCUUUAUUUCCUUCGAUGGCAACCCUUUCGACGCAGCUUGGGCUGCUACACUUGCGGCCUUGCGAGACACCAAACUCCCGCAAGCACGAUUCGACCAGGAUAGAGAGCUGGUUAUCUGCUCGAGAGAAAACCCGAGACCUCUUGCGCUCAAGGGAAAGCCGAUCGCAUGCACCGCAGUCGUCUUCACAGGAAAGGAUACUGAUCAAUCUGACGAGAGCCGUUACUGGUUGCUGGCCGACCCUGACACUCUAGAAGAGUCUCUCUGCGACGAAAGCAUCACUAUUGUUGCCGACUGCAGCGGUGGAAGUGCUCAAAUUCUGUCCAUCUCCAAGCAGGGGGGAACCAGCCUGGACCCCAAGCUCUUGACUUCGAAGGAAUUCAUCAGCUGGAUCACAACGCGGUGGAAGGGCUUUACGGAAGCCAUUGAUAGCCAAGUUUAG